UUUAUAAUCUAUGGUCAGUACGUUUCCAGAAAAUGGUGCGAUUGUGUAUCAAAAUUGGUCAUGACACGUAUUUUACGAUUUUUAUAAAAUAAUUUGUGAAAAUUUUGCGAUGUUGGGAUGUUUGUAGGAGUAUUAGCUCUACAAAAUAAAUAAUUUGCGAGAACAUGGAGUUCCGCGAGACGUUGUUGGCUGCUCAACGAAAUCAACAACAAAAGUCAUCUGAAAAUGCGUAUUACAAGGCUCGCUUCGAUCCUCCUAAAAAGGAGCAGAAACAAAGAGACAGGCUGUCAGCAAACAUUCAAAAGUUUUUAGCAAAGAAAGAUGAGGAGGAGAGGCAGAAGAAAAUCGAGGCCCAGCGGAAACGGGAGGAGCUGCUGGCCAUGAGAGACCCUAAGGCUUUGAGGAAGAUUCAAAAGACCCUGAAGGUCAUCAAGUCAGCCAACAAGUCGGUUAUUGCAGAUGCUAUUGACCGGGACAACACUGCAGUAACUCGUGAGGGGCCAGAACAGCCUGACCAGGAUGACUACGGCUAUGAAUCUCAGGAAGCAGCCGCUAUAUACGAAAAGAUGAUGGAAAAGUACAGCAAAUUGCCAGAUGAACCCAAAUUCCCUGUAGGAAAUACAAGUGUGAAAAAAGAUUUAAACGGAACGAGAGAGAGAGUGAAACAUGCUUUGAAACAUGAAGAUGAUCCUGUGCCCCACAAGAGAAGACGGAGAGGUGAAAAUGGAGAACGUGAGUCAAGCCCCCCAACACGAUAUGAGCCAGAGAAAGACAAAAAAGAAUCCAAACCAGAUAAACCCAAAUUUCGAAAACCAGCACCUCCACCAAUGGAUUUUAACCAAUUACUCAAACUGGCUGAACAGAAAAAAAGUGAACCUAUCGAAAUUGGUAAAAAGAAGGAGGUUGUAACUGAAAUGGAGUCUGGUACUGAGCGGCUGAUGACCAAGAAACAGAAACGUGAAUACGAGGAAGAGAUGGCCAGGCGUCAGAGGCGUCAAGAAAGACUGGAAGCUGAGAAAUCUGGUGGUAGGAAAGUUCCGAGAGAAGAUAGACCUAGAGAAGCGGAAAGAGAGAGGAAACCAGAGCCAAGCACUGGUUUGGGCCGCAUCCCGAAAGUCUCCGACAAACUGAACAACUCUAGCUCCAGAAACGAUAGCCCUCGACCUUCCGACAGAGAGAGAAGCGAGAGGGAGAAAAUAGAGAAGCUGCAGAAAGAAAGAGAUAGGUUAAGACUAGACAAGGAAAAGGCUGAACGUGAGAAGGAAAGAUUAGACAAAGAAAGACUUGACAAGCUAAGAGCAGAGAGAGAAAGAAUCGAAAGAGACAUAGACAGACUAAACAGAGACAGAGAAAAAUUAGAAAAGGCAAAAUCUAAAUUAGAAAGUAGCAGUAAGUUAUCUGACAAGGGUAUCAAAAGUGCUGACAAAUCUGUAGAUAGAUCAAAAUUAAAUUAUAAGGAUGGUUAUAAACAAGACGUUAAUAAGAACAUAGAUUUAAAGAGCCAAAACACAUACAGGAUAGAUAAGAAUUCGAAUGAAAGACGAAAUUCUAUACCAAGUAAGCAGUCUGAUGGCAAAUUAUUGAAUGGCCACAGCAAGCAAGGUAAACCAGUGCCAAAAACGAAGGAACAAAGUUUACAACAAAAUGGUAUUAGGGAUAAGCAGGCUUUACUAGCUAAGCAGAGAGCGGCCGCUGAAGGAUCUCAGAGAAGCAAUGAUAAGAGAAUGUCUGACAGUAAAGGAGUGCCUUCUAAAAGACCUGAUGAUAGGAAAGUUGGGGCUAGUGACAAAGCGGGCCCAAGUAAGCCGAAGGUAACAAAUACAUUUGAUUUUGAUAAGCACAUUAAUUGUUUGGGCAAGAAUGGCGCGAGGAAGCCCGACGGUACGCGACAGUUCCCGCCCGCCGAUGUCAAGCGAAAAGGACAGGAUCCCAGGAGUAAAAAACGUCGCGCUUUAGAUUCUGAUUCGGAAUACGAUUCGGAGCUGGAUGACUUUAUUGAUGAUGGUGAUGAUGAAAUGGACUACUCUAAACACAUCAAGGAGAUCUUCGGUUAUGAUAAGUCCAAAUACCGGGACAUGGAUGACGACGAUGAUCCUACGAUGGAAUCUAGUUUCGCGCGCCAGCAACGAGAGGAGUACAUUAGUAAAAAAAUAGGUAUUAUGGAAGAUUUAGAAGACAUGCGGUUAGAAGCCGAGCAGAAUAAAAAGAAGAAGAAAGGGCGACGCAUCAGCGACGACUGACCGACAACUACUUAACGACUGGAUCACAAUCACGACCACAGAACAUUUGGGGACAAUCGCUUGCUAUAAAUAUACACUACAAGGUAUUAUUAACUAAGUAGUCGAUUUUACAAGGGAUCAAUUAAAUUGAAUUGUAAUCAAGCAAAUGAUUGUCUCCCAAUAAAGAAUAGUCUUACAUUAAAUAGUUACCUGUACAUUUAAAGAAUUGUAUAAAUUGAUUUUUAUUUGACUUGUUAAAAUAUAGCACUGUUCGCUCAUGUUAUUGUAUGUAAUUUUUUUGACUGCUUUUUUAACAGGCACUGGUAUUAACUUCGCAAUAGAGGUUUUUUUUCUGAUUGACUACACAGAUUUUUUUUAUUUAUUAAUAUAGUCUUUAUGUGCAUGUGCAAUGGACAUUUUCCCCAAUCAUAGAAUAUGUUUGUUUACGACAUUUUUUGUUCAUAUUUUUGUAUAGUUCUCGUAUCAGGUUAAGUUUGGGUUGUUAGAUUUUUUCAAGAAUUGGUUUAAUCCAACAAAUGUAAAAUAGUGUCUAGUAGUUACAAUAUUUGUAUAAGGUUUCUUUUAUCUAUUAAUUCUGAAACUAGUGAUGUAUCUUCAUGCUGUAAUUUACUUCAAAUCUGAUUAUAAUCAUUCUUACAAUAGGUGCACACGAUUUAGGGUUGUCAUGUCAAAAAAAUAAUUAAUCGUGACAGCCACAGCCCUAAUAUCGAAACUUAAAACUACAAUUUAUCACAAAUAAACAAUAGAAAACACUAAAUUAUGUCAAUUUAAAACAAUAGGUUUUAAAUGAGGUAUUUUAAGUAACAAAUUGAUUAAUUUAUAUUUUAGUAGUUUAAUUGAACCAUUGAGUUAUUUAUAUUAAUUCUGUGGUAUUGUUACUGAAUCAGUACCUUUGAAUAUUGUGUUUCGUUUUGAAACCUGUUGUUUCACACUGUUGUAUGAAAUCCCUUAUUUCAUUAUACCUUUACACGUGUGGAGAGAGAACACCAUAUAGGAACAAUUACUUUAUAAAUAUUCUCAAUCAAGGUUCUUUAUAAAUAAAAGUCAAUUCUUGCUGACGAGAAGAACUGAAUUUGGUGUGAUGUUUCCAUGAAUAAGGCGUUUCAAAUAGACAGCGUCUAUGUUUUCCGCUCUUUAAAAAAUAUAUCUUAUGUAGAGUACAUAUGACUCAAUUUACCUCAUUAGUGGUAAAACAAAGUCAAUUGAUUUUAAAGUAAAAUAUGGAUGUAAUUUGUCUGCAAAGGUAAUCUACUUUUAUUUGAUUCUUAUACUGUUUAAGAUUACCCACUUGUUUAUAUGGAUUACAUCGAUUUAUUUUGAUUACGAUUGGCUACUUUUAAACUGUGAGUGGAAUGUUUUUUUUUUUUGCAAUCGAUCUUGCCCCAAUAAAAAUGAAUUUUGAAAUGUGAGAAUUAAAAUUGAGUAUGAUUUAUUGUAACGGGUGGUUAAGAAAAAAUUAAAAAUACAUUAUUUAGAAACUAUGGCAAAAAAACGAAAAUAUUUUUUUUUUUAUUGAGUUUUUUCUAUAUUCUAUGUCAAAAGUAUUUCUUUUCCGAAAUGGUGUUCAGUUUUCGUCACCCGUGCAGUAAUUCACAAAUCACACUGGUAGAAUUGAUUAGUCAUUCAUCAUUUAAUAUAGACAUUCCCACAAUGGCUACCUGUGCUUGUGAAUGUUGUAAAAAUAUUUUAUAUUUAAUCAAUAAUCUUUAAUAAAUACUAUUAAAGCAUAAUUGUAACCUUAUUGAAUGUAAAUCUUGUAUACUUUUGUGAUACUGAAGAGCAAAAAAUAACAAAAAUAUAAAUACAUUAUUAUUUGAAUAUUUUGAAAA